AUGAAUUCUUCGGCCACUGCUCCGACUGCAGGCUCAGCUGCGGCGGGCGACGGCCGACUCUCCACGGUCUCCACGGCAGCGGCAGAUGGCAAGAAGAAAAGAAAACACCGUGCAGGGAAGAAACGCCGCAAUCGUCGUCAGUCAUUUGCGGCUCCUUCAGAAACCUCGGCCAUGGCCAGCGGUCGAGAUGGCCCGACAGACGAUCCCCUAAUCGAGGAACCACGGCCUCCGUCGAUUCGACAGUCGCUCUAUCGGAGCAGCAAUCGAAACCUCAGCAACGAGAGCCUGGACAGCGGAGCUCUCCUCGACCAUCGCGAUCAACCUACCUUACGUCCUCGCCGUGACAGCCGGUUGACCCCCUUUUUUGCCACAUCCUACCGAAACAAUCACUUUCCCAAAGCCGAGUCGAGUACGCGAAGCAGGCAAAGAGGCCAGCAGGGCACGUCGAGUCGUGAUGGAUCGGACAGUGAAGAUGCCAACGAUAAGACACCUCUGAUAUCCGGUGCACAGCAGCACAAGAGCCCCGAACAGACAGGCUUCGGACUUUUUAGGGUCAAGUCCAACACGUCCACCAUGUCGGCGGGAUCGAAGCAACCACGGAGACAGAGGACAAUCGGCACCCCUGGCCAUUCGGUGCCCAAGUCAGAUGCGAGCUACGAUGUCAACAAUCCUCCGUCUGUGCCUGGGAGCCCGACGCUGGGCGCUCUUUAUGAGGAUGUCAUGGUCGACGAGGUCAACUUCCUCAACCGUUCGCCUGACAGCCGCAGAAAUCUUGCCGGUGGGAACAAGGAUGUCUUGAUUGACAUCGAUGGUGAUGUUGACGAUGAACCCAACUCCGCACCACCGAGUCCGCGACUGAGACCAGGGGGUCUUCAACGACACCGUUCAACGACCAUGAACGCCGAGGCGGACGUGUGCUUCCCAGCCGAAGAUGCUUCUGAAAUAGGCGAUCCUUUCGACCGCUCGCAGUCUCAAGGGCAUUUCGCAAGUGGUCAACGACGGAGACGUCGUCAACGGGAAGACUGGCCCAAGUUAUGGGUGCUCGACGAGUGGGCUCGAGAGGAAAAGGAAGCAAGGGCCGCAGGUGAACGUCGGGCAAAGAAAAUCAGCGAGCCGGUCUUUGUCGAGGGUAGACUACGUCCUCGUAAGAGUGCCUGGCAUCGGGUCGAAGAAGACAAGCAAUAUCGGUUUACCUAUUUCAACGAGGACUUUGGGAGCACGAUCCACGCCGAGACGAUCUCAGAGCUGGUGCAGCCCGAUGGGAGUUUCCGCGAGCUCUUCAUCCCGGACCCGCCUGAGAUAGCCGAUUCCAGCGAAAGUGAAGACGACGAUGUCCUGGAUAUGACGAGUGCCUUGCAAAGCCCCAAAUCCACAACAGCAAUCGAGAAAGAGUCAGGAUUGCCCAGCCUAGCGGGUUCACUGAAACCAGGCGCGAGUGGAAAGAGUUCAGAUAAGAGCAAGAAUUCCGGAAGCGCCACACCACAAAACAGGCAUUCGUCAAUGCAAGCGCCCAGGCCCAAGAAAUAUGGACCGCGUCCGACAUUCUGGCUCGACGUCUUGUGUCCCACCGAGACGGAGAUGCGUGUCCUAGGCAAGGCAUUCGGGAUCCAUGCGCUCACAACCGAGGACGUCUUGAUGCAAGAAGCGCGAGAAAAGGUCGAAUUGUUCCGCAACUACUACUUUAUCAACUACCGGACCUUUGAGCAAGACCCGCAUAGUGAAGACUACCUGGAGCCCAUCAACAUGUACGUCUGUGUGUUCGGGUACGGGAUCAUCACCUUCCAUUUCUCUCCGAUUCCGCACCCUGCGAACGUGCGACGGCGCAUUCGGCAGCUCUCGGACUAUCUUGUCCUGAGCGCGGAUUGGAUCUCGUAUGCGAUCAUCGAUGAUAUCACGGACGUCUACGGCCCCUUGAUUACACAUAUCGAGCAAGAAGUCGACGCCAUCGACGACCUCAUUCUUCGAGCGUUCCAAGACACCGCUGCCCUGUCGGGAGAAUAUGGCGAGAAGGGAAUCAACGAGAAGAGCACGGACGAAGGAGACUCGGGUGUGAGUGGCAUUGACAUGUUGAUCAGAAUAGGAGAAUGUCGCAAGAAGGUCAUGUCGAUGUAUCGCUUGCUGGGGAACAAGGCCGACGUCAUCAAGGGGUUUGCGAAACGCUGCAAUGAACAGUGGGAAGUGGCGCCCAAGUCGGAGAUAGGCUUGUACCUCGGUGAUAUCCAGGACCACAUUUUGACCAUGACCGGCAACCUGUCGCACUAUGAGACGUUGCUGAGCAGGGCGCAUGGCAAUUAUCUCGCUCAGGUCAGCAUCCACAUGAACGAGAGGCAGGAGAAGACUGCCGACGUCCUGGGCAAAUUGACUGUGCUGGGGACGAUCGUCCUACCCAUGAACAUCGUGACCGGCAUGUUUGGCGGAAACUUCAAAGUCCCUGGUCAGGACGUGGAUAACUUGUGGUGGUUCUGGGGCACUACGGCGGGAUUGCUCGUCUUUGGCGUCAUCUGCUUCUGGUGGUGCAAAAAGGUGUACAAGAUUGUGUGA